AUGGCAUUCUCUCCUCUCUUUGCUCUCCGUCCUGCCUUUCUCCGACGCGGUCAUCCCACCCUGGCGACCCUACUCCUGCGCCCAUUCAAGCGGACACUGCUCCUUUGUCCGACCAAGACAUCCAGCCCCUCCUUCUUCUCCACCAGCGCCGCCAUCAUGGCCCCGAUCCCCUUCAAGUCGACCGCGGCGGAGAAGGGCGACUCGCACUACGACCUCCUCGUCAUCGGCGGUGGAUCAGGUGGUCUAGGAGCAGCGAGGAGGGCCGCCCAGUACGGCGCCAAGGUCGCAAUCGUUGAAGAGACGUGGAGGUUGGGUGGGACUUGCGUCAAUGUCGGAUGUGAGUCGUGCCAGUGUGCAAACACGCCAGAGGCCGUUCAGUCACUGACCCUAGCCAUCGGUGGCCGUCGAUCGCUCGCAGGCGUUCCCAAAAAGAUCAUGUGGCAUGCCGCGGAUUUGAGGCAAGUCUGCGCAAUACUCUCUUUCUCCGCCUCUCAACUAAGUCCUCCCCCCGUUUCCCCACCUACCCCACCGCCACAGGGAAAAAUUGCACCAAGCCAACUCGUACGGCUACACCGUGCCCGAACCAGACACCGCGUUCGACUGGCCCACGCUCAAGGCCAAGCGAGACAAGUACAUUGAGCGACUCAACGGCAUCUACGAGCGAAGUGCGUACUUCUUUCUCUCUCCGUCAUCUUCCUCCUCGAACCAUCCUCGAACCUGACCUCUCUGAACUGCUUCACAGACGUCGAAAAGGACAAGGUCGCCUACAUCACCGGCCACGCCCGCUUCGUCGACGCCCACACCCUCUCCGUCUCCCCUACGUACCCCAAGGCCACCGGAGGCAUCGACAAGGAGCAGCGCUACACCGCCGACCGCAUCGUCAUCGCCGUCGGAGGCGCGCCGACCAAGCCGACCUUUGUCAAGGGCUACGAGCUGGGCUUUGACAGUGAUGGCUUUUUUGACCUGAAGGAGUUGCCCAAGAGGGUCGUCGUGGCCGGGGGUGGAUACAUCGCCAUUGAGAUUGCCGGCAUCUUCAACGCUCUUGGUCAGUACUGCCUGCCUCUAGUACUCCAAAUUCUGGGUAGCAGACAGACUGAUCCCCAUGGCGAUUGUUCUGAACAGGCGCCGAAACGCACGUCGUGAUCCGCUCGGACAAGAUCCUCAAAGCGUUCGACCCCAUGCUACAAGACAGCUUGUUCAAGCACAUGCAACACACGGGCAUCAAGUUCCACACGAACGUCAACUUCAAAUCCGUCGAAACCUCGGUCGAGAACCCCGACAUCACCCAACCCUUUGCCAAGACCAUCACCUUCGACAAUGGCGAGACGUUGGAAACGGAUGCUAUCCUCUGGGCUAUGGGUAGGCAUUCGUUGACCAAAGAUUUGGGGAUCGAGAACGUCGGCAUCAAGCUGGAGAAGAAUGGUGACGUGAUCGUCGACGAAUACCAAAAGACGAACAUCGACAACAUCUUCGCCAUUGGCGAUGUGGGAGGCAAGGAGCUGUUGACUCCCGUUGCGAUCGCUGCUGGUCGACGUCUUUCGAACCGUCUGUACGGUGGGGUUGAAGGUGACAAGCUCAGUUACGACCUCGUCCCCACUGUCGUUUUCUCCCACCCUACGAUCGGAACCGUCGGUUUGACCGAACCUCAAGCGAGGGAAAAGUACGGCGAUGACCAAAUCAAAACCUACACCGCGUCCUUCACCUCCCUCUACUACUCCAUGAUGGACCCCGAGGACAAAGAGCCGACUUCGUACAAGUUGAUCGUUCAAGGAAAGGAGGAGAAGGUCGUCGGUUUGCACCUUUUAGGAAUGGGCAGCGAUGAGAUGUUGCAGGGUUUUGCGGUGGCGAUCAAGAUGGGAGCGACGAAGAAGGACUUUGACGAUACGGUCGCGAUUCAUCCUACCUCUGCCGAAGGUGAGUUGCCGCCUGCGGGGUCUGGGUGAGGGAGUGGAGACUGAUGAGGUUCCCCAUGUCUUUCUUGAUCUACAGAGGUCGUUACGAUGCGUUGA